ACCACGGUUAAACUGUGCGUCCCUAUGUCAUGCUUGCAGAGCUCAGUCCUGCAGUAGUGCAAAAGGUGCAGUACGAGCGCCGCUGUUUCAGCCCGGCUCCACGAGGAGGAGAUGGCCGCGGCAGACGACAUCGGCGCUAGUGCGGGGAGGUGGUCCCUCCACGGCAGGACGGCGCUCGUCACCGGCGGCACCCGCGGCAUCGGGCGCGCGGUUGUGGAGGAGCUGGCGGCGCUCGGAGCCGCCGUGCACACGUGCUCCCGGAAGGAAGCCGAGCUCGGCGAGCGCUUGAAGGAGUGGGAGGCCAAGGGAUUCCGCGUCACCGGCUCCGUCUGCGACGUCUCCGUGCGCGACCAGCGCGAGCUUCUCCUCCGCGACGUCGCCGACCGCUUCGCCGGCAAGCUGGACAUCCUCAUAAACAACGUGGGCAGAAACCAUAGAAAACCAACCACUGAAUACUCGGCAGAUGAAUAUUCGUUCAUAAUGGCCACUAAUCUUGAAUCUGCAUAUCAUCUAUGCCAACUUGCACACCCUCUUCUCAAAGCAUCCGGGGUGGCCAGCAUUGUCUUCAUAUCAUCAGUCUCUGGAGUGGUAGCCAUAUCUAGUGGCUCCAUUUAUGGCAUGACAAAACGUGCGAUGAAUCAGUUGGCCAAGAACCUAGCGUGUGAGUGGGCGAAAGACAACGUAAGAAUCAAUUCUGUUGCUCCAUGGUACAUCAAGACUUCACUUGUGGAAGAGCAGGGAGCAGGCGGGAAAAACACAAGGUGGAGUUCGAUCUUGCGAUCAAGGAUUAAAAAAAAGAAGGCAAAAAAAGGCCGAAAAACACACUAGCCAUUGCUAUAUCGCAGCAGGGUGUUUUCUCAUGGAGGAUCCCAGAAAGGGUGCUCCAGAUGUGUUGCCCCUGCUUGGCGCCACAAUUCCACAGUCCUUGUGAUGUUUGCCAAAGCUUCGGUCGUGCUUGCACUCUUUUGCCUGAAAGUGCAUUCGUUUCUCUGAUGCCAGAUGUCCCCUAGGAUCAGAACGAUCAUUGUCUAACUCCUUUUUUGUGUUCAGCUCUCGCUCCGUUCACCAUCUCAGUGAUGAUGUCCACUGCUUUGUUCUUCUGCUGCCAGUUCGAUGGGUGCAGGGAGCUACAUCCCUGCCUUUGCGCAGUUCUCUCCCAGAUUGUUGAAGUGAAUGGACAGUGCCAGAACAGAUGUUGCGAGGUCUCGAGAUUUCUGAGACAUAGUUGGCAAAAGUACUCGUUCGGCCAGCGUCGUCUUUGGAGACGGUCAUUGCACCACAGCCUGUUCUUGAGCAGCAGCCAGACUGUGAAUUUUAGCCUUGCUGGUGCCCAGACUUUCCAGAGCAUUGUUCUGAAGCUUGUCCGGAGCAUCCCUUGGAACUGGCAGUUGUAUGCCGAGCUGGUGGAGAAGAAACCUGAGGCCGUGUGUUUCCAUUUGAUUGUGUCUUGCUGUUGAUCACUGAGGCUUAUGUUCUUGGAGAUGAUCCACCUGUUUAGCCUUAUCACCUCGGGCCAUAGCUGCUGUGUUUGGCCAUGGGCUAGGUCUGCAACCUAGGUGCCAUCGUGGAGUGCUUCAUGAACCGUUCUGUUCUUCCUCUUCGAGUGCUUGUACAACUCAGGGAACUCCAUUUUGAGUGUGCCUGCAUCAGUCCAGGAACUGUCCCAGAAACUGGCCUUUUUUCCAUCCGCAAGCGACACUAUGGUUGAGGCGUUGAACAGCUCUCUGUCUUCUUGAUCACAGGGCAGCUGCAUGCCCACCCAGGGCCUGUCUGGUGUGAGCCAGGAGAGCCAGAGCCACCGGAGCCUUAGUGCGUGGCUGAAACGUUGCAGGUUGGAGAUGCCAAGGCCGCCGUUGUCGAUCGGAGUACAAACCUCUGGCCAGCUUACUUUGCAUUUGCCGCCACUGAUCUUCUCGUCUUGAGCCCAGAGGAAACGCCGUCUGAUCUUGUCUAUCUCAGCGAGUAGCUUCUUUGGCACCUUCAGCACUGUGAGUGCAAAGGUGGGGAGUGCUGACAGCACACUUCUGACGAGUACUCUCCGUCCAGCGAUGGUUAGCAGUCGCCCUUUCCAGCCUGCCAGACGAGCUCUGAUCCGGUCGAGGAUGAAUUGUAGGUGUACUAUGCGAAGCCUGGAGAGUGUCACUGGGAGCCCAAGGUAUCGAAAAGGGAACUGAGUUUGUUGUCCACCAAAAUUCUGAAGCACCUGCUGCAGGUUAAUUUGCUCGCAUCUGAUUGCAGCCACCGAAGAUUUCUGCAGGUUUACUUUCAACCCUGACGCAAGUAUGAAAUCGUGGAUGAUGCUCAUCAGUGUAUCUAUCUCCUCUUUCACUGGGUUGGCAAAAAUGAUGGCGUCGUCUGCAUAUAAACUUACACGCAAAUCAAGGUCUCUUCCUGGGAUCGGAUCGAGCUGGCCAAGCUCAGUGGCACGCUGGAGAAGCCUGUGGAGCGGAUCUAUGGCGAUGAUGAAGAGUAGCGGGGACAGUGGGUCACCUUGUCGAAGACCCCGUCGUAGCCAAAUUUUCUUUCCCGCUGCACCAUUUAGCAAAAAUGAAGAGGUCGACGUCUUCAGGAGCAUGGCUAUCCAGUCGCGCCAUCGAGCUGGGAAGCCGAGGGCCUGUAGGAGUUGCAGUAGAUAUUCCCACGAAACAUUGUCGAAGGCCUAUGUGCCCUAUCUCGACGCACCAAGGAAAUAAAAAAUGUAAUGCUUCACCUGUCCCGUUUGAUCCUCCAGGAUUUGGCGAACGAGGAUUUCGUGGAUAGCAUCGCCCGUCGAACUCCCAUGAGGCGUGUGGGAGAACCUGAAGAAGUAUCAUCGCUGGUGGCGUUUCUCUGUAUGCCCGGUUCAUCUUAUAUCACUGGCCAGACGAUCUCGGUUGAUGGCGGCAUGACUAUAAAUGGCAUGUACCCGACUGAGAACUAGCAGAAGGGGUGAAACUGCACGGUGGUUCAGAGCAAAUCGUGAUGUGUGGAUCAUCCGUGUCCGUGUGUAUAACCUGUAUGGGAAGGUUAUUUUGAUGUACAAUCUGUAUGUGUAUGUUUCUCCACUUUAGCUAAAUGUAAGUCGUCUGAAUUUUUA